AAACCCUAACCCCGCCAUUUCCCCCUAAAACCCUAAUCCCACGUCCUCCUCCUCAUUCUUCUCCUUCUUCUGCGUGUACGAUUCUUCAUGUACUCCAGUCGCAGGAGUGGCAGCUAUGCAGAAGCUCUGUCGUGGAAACCCCGUCCUCUGCAACGCCGGCUGGUUUGAGCCACGUGCCGCCCGAGCCCUCUUUCUCUCUUCGUUGCCCGCCCUCCGCCUCCCACUUCGACCCUCCGCCGCUAUCCUCUGCUCGGGUCAGUAUGCCCGCCUGAAAUACGCCCCCGUAUACCACUCCGCUGACGAUGGCUCGUACCUCUUUCGGCGGGACCGAGUGCCGGCCUCGGCCCACUCUUUGCGCGAUUGGUGGGCGAGGGGCUUUAGGGCGGUCGAAGCUCUGAGGAAUCGGGAGAAAGGCGGGGACUUGGAGGGUUCCGUCGAGGAGGACAGCGAAGAAGAGGAGGAGGAUGGGGUUGCGGGUGCGGAGAGGAAUAGUGAAGUUCAGCAGAGGGCUUCUCUGGCUGGUGGCAAGUCAGUGGAGAGGAGGGCAAGGAGCGGUGGUUCUAGUGCGCCUCCAGCACAGGGCUUAGAACUGUUGGCGAUUCCGGGGGUUGGUCCUCGGAAUCUGAGGAAGUUGGUGGAUAAGGGUUUCGAGGGCGUGGCCCAGCUCAAGCAGCUUUACGUGGACAAGUUUGUUGGCAAAUCCAGCGAUAAGAUGAUUGAAUACUUACAGAGCUCUGUAGGAAUUAUCCAUAAAAGCCAUGCAGAGAGUAUAACCUCCUUUAUCAAGGAACAAGUGGAUGAAGAGUUAGAAGGGGAUACCAUGGAGUCUACCAUGAAGCUUUCACAGAAGAAUAGGCUUACAUUUUGUGUUGAAGGCAAUAUCAGUGUUGGGAAGACUACGUUCUUACAAAGAAUAGCUCAUGAAACAAUUGAAUUACGUGAUCUUGUAGAAAUAGUUCCAGAACCUAUUGACAAGUGGCAGGAUAUUGGUCCUGAUCACUUCAAUAUACUGGAUGCCUUCUAUGCUGAACCACAGAGGUAUGCCUACACCUUCCAGAAUUAUGUAUUUGUAACUAGGGUCAUGCAGGAAAGAGAGUCGUCUGGUGGAAUCAAGCCUCUUAGGCUGAUGGAAAGAAGUGUUUUCAGUGAUAAAAUGGUCUUUGUACGUGCUGUUUAUGAGGCCAAAUGGAUGAAUGAGAUGGAAAUUAGCAUAUAUGAUUCAUGGUUUGAUCCUGUCAUAUCAUGCCUUCCAGGGUUAAUCCCUGACGGGUUCAUUUAUCUUAGAGCUAGCCCUGACACUUGCCAUAAAAGAAUGAUGUCACGUAAUAGAGCUGAAGAAGGUGGUGUUAGCCUACAGUACCUGAGAGAUCUACAUGAGAAACAUGAAAGCUGGUUGUUUCCUUCUCAACAUGGAAACAAUGGUGUACUCUCAGUCAGUCAGUUGCCUCUGCAUAUGGAUAGCUCUCUGCAUCCUGAUAUAAGAGAGCGUGUUUUCUUUCUAGGAGGCGAUCACAUGCAUCCAACCAUCCAAAAGGUUCCAGCUCUGGUGCUGGAUUGUGAACCCAACAUUGAUUUCAGCAAAGACAUUGAAGCUAAAAGACAGUAUGCUCGGCAAGUCGCAGAAUUCUUUGAUUUUGUGAAGAAAAAGAAAGAAACUACGGCUGCAGAAAAUGUUAAUGACAGAAAGGGCAAAGACCCAAAGGUACUGCUUCCCCAUGAAAGUGGUUUGUGGAUUCCAAAAGGCAGUGGCUUCCCUGAAUCUACCCCAUCUCUGGACUACAGAAGAGCAAUGUCCUUCCUCCCGGGUUAGCUGCUAUUUGACCAAAACCUUCAGCUGUGGGUAUCUGAAGUCUUUUAAGGAGAUGCUGAUUCUCGCCUACCAUUGUACUUAAUCCUGCUAGUUUAUGAUGGCACAAAUGCUUCUGACAUGAACAAGAAUUUAGAAUGUUGUAGUUUUAUUGUCUGUAAAUUGCAUCUGGAUUACUACUUGCUCAAGAAAUCUUUUUGAACAGCUGCUUGCAACGGU